CCAGCCCUGUUUGCUCCUCCUUUGUUUUUGUUGUUAGAGCCAGAGACAAGCCGUGAAGCGGUUUGAGCUCAAAUCUACCCAAGUCUUUUUCCUCCUGGAUAUCUCGGUGCUCUCCGCUAUAGUUAGCCGGUACCGGAGCUCCUAACUCUCGUGCAGUGAAGCGGAGACGGUCACUGGAUGGAAAUUCGGGCUGUGUGAGCUGCACUAACGUCCAUGAGCAAAGUUCUGUCCAACAUCCCAUUCUGAAAGAAGCCAAAGGUGGAUUUGAACUGAAACCUUAAAAGUCAUAUCUGGAGGAAGACCAAGAUCACCUGAUUCCAGCAAACAUGGAUGGAAGACCCACCUGUGACCAGUGUGGAAAGACUUUCACCAGAAUGAGUGGGAUGAAAGAACAUCUGCGCAUCCACACUGGAGAAAGACCAUAUGACUGUGACCAGUGUGGGAAGACUUUUACCACAGCAGGUCAUUUAAAAAGGCACCAACGCAUCCACACUAAAGAAAGACCAUAUGAUUGUGACCAGUGUGGGAAGACAUUCACUUGUGCAAGUAACCUAAUAAGGCACCGACACAUUCACACUGGAGAAAAACCAUAUGACUGUGACCAGUGUGGGAAGACAUUCACUUGUGCAAGUAACCUAAUAAGGCACCGACGCAUUCACACUGGAGAAAAACCAUAUAACUGUGACCAGUGUGGGAAGACUUUUACCACAGCAUGUGAUUUAAAAGUGCACCUCCGGAUUCACACUGGUGAAAGACCAUAUGACUGUGACCAGUGUGGGAAGACUUUCAACACAAUAGGUAGCUUAAAAAAACAUCUACCCAUCCACACUGGAAAAAGACCAUAUUUCUGUAACCAGUGCCGGAAGACUUUUCUCAUACUAAGUUACUUAAAAAAACAUCAACUCAUCCACACAGGAGGAAGACCGUAUGGCUGUGAGCAGUGUGGGAAGACUUAUAUCAGAGCAAGAGACUUAAAAAGACACCUAUGCAUCCACAAUGGAGAAAGGCCGUAUGAAUGUGACCAGUGUGAGAAGACUUUUAUCAGAGCAAGUGACUUAAAAAAACACCAAUGCAGCCACACUGGAGAAAGACCAUAUGACUGUGACCAGUGUGGGAAGACUUUUAUCAGAGCAAGUGACUUAAAAAAACACCAAUGCAGCCACACUGGAGAAAGACCAUAUGACUGUGACCAGUGUGGGAAGACUUACAGAUUCCUGUCUGCUUUACGUUCUCAUUGCCGUGUUCACCACACAAAGUUGAUGUACCCCUGUGAUAGGUGCACAAAGAUAUUCUGGUCAUCUUCCUCUUACAAGCGUCACCAACAGACCCAUAUUGGAGAGAAUCCCAACCAGUGCAGAUUCUUAAAAACCUCCAGAUCAGGCUUCACAGGAUCCAGAUGUGAAGACAAACACCAGACUGAAAGCUGUGUUUUGUUGUCUUCAGAGAACAGAAGUGUGUUCUAAUGCACCACUCUGUAGCAGGAAGCAGGAGGUGACAUCACUGGUAAGGCGGGGGAAGGGAAGGGUAGAAAUCAGACCCACCUGAGCUGUGUGGUGGAGGGAAACUCAAACAAAGGGGAGACUGGAAGGAGGUUUGAUUGACAGGAGAAGUGACAACGAAAAGGAAAGGAGGAAAAGACUUGAUGUGACUUGAAGUAAGGAAUCUGGAAGUGGACUGGUGUGGACCCAGGACUCUUGAGAGGAGAAUUUAAAUCCCUGGAGCAGACGGACCUGGUCCUGCUCGGACUAUGGUUACUCUCUCUCCGGGUCAGAAGACACCUGCCGGCUCCCCUGGAACCCAAACUCUCCUGGCUUCUCCCUUGAACAUAUGUCUGUUCUCUCUCUCUCUCUCUCUCUCUCUCUCAUUCUCUCUUGUUCUCUCUCUCUCUUUCUCUCGUCAUACUGCCUGUUACCCCGACUUCUGUGGGAGAAACCAGGUGGAACCAAUUUAUAAAUUAGGUGUGCCUUCCUGGAUCCUUUAAAUUGGCGGACACUAAUUUUGUUGGGUACUGGGAGCUUAGAGGACGCCAUGGCAGCAGCAGCAAGAGGAGUUCGUUACAGCGUGGAUACCAUCAGAGAAGAAUCAUCCACAUGAAUGAGUCACUGAGACUCUGGAGAGACAGGCGGUAAGCGCUCAGGCUUUGAUGUGAACAGACUUUUACAACUGUAAUGUCAUUGUUAGCUGAAUUGAACGGCUUUCUAUUAACUUUUGUGUUCAUAGGUGUGUUCUUCUCUUAAAGUUGUUGAAUGGUGCCAUCUGUGGGCGCCCUGUAUGUACUGUUAUCAUUCUGUUUGGCCACGCAAUUGAAGUUAUGUGCCGCUUUCAUUCUGGUCGAUAAAUUUUAGGCGAGUAUAUGUCUGUAAGUUAGUUUUACGAUUAUUUUGUCAUUAACUUAAAAGCAUGAUUGCUAGUGUCUUUUACAGAGAAUAAAUAAGCUUUCACUUUGUGGUAGAAGCGUUCUGUUCACUGCUAAUAUUUGAGUCAGGUGGCAGUCUGUUUUGUGUCAGUGCUAGCUUGUAUGUACUCAGUUCAGAGCUAAUGCAGAUGCUAUUUGGUAGCAAUUGCUGUGUUUCCUUUACUAGCAAAUUAUUUGUGCACUCCGGGAGAAACUUGUGCAUAUUAUUAGCAUUGGAGUAUUUUUGAUUCAUGUCAAUUAGAUUACAUAUAAUGUUAAUGCAGUUCAGAAAAACAUGUUUUACUGUGUACAUUCUGUACAAAAUUACUGCAUUUCUUGUGCCCCUUAUUGCAUAUUUAAGUUAAUUUCAUAUGGUUUAUAUACUGUACAUGCUUAUUUCAUUGGUUUGGAAUUACUUGAAUAUUUACCUGUUUAAUUCAUGUAUGGUUGUUAAUUCAUGCAUUUAAAAAGGAUGGGUAAAAGUUAAGAAGUGCUUACAGUGGAAACAUAUUUCAGCACACAUUGUAAUACAUGUAUUUGUUUGUAUUUCAUGUCAUUGCAGUUCUAUAAAAGUAUUAUUAAAAGAAGAGAAGGCAAGAAAAUAAGCAACC